AUGUGGCCGGUGAAAGUGUUGUUAGUGUUUAUUUUCACGAGAUGUGUACUUACAGAGCCCAUUAUUGGUGGCAUAUUCUAUACCGAUGAUGAUGAUUCGAAGACGGCGCUAAAAGUAAGUGCAGAGAGGUUUAACUUCACAGCGGAGAUAGUACAAGUAUCCAGACGUGGAGCUAUUCUGGAGAUAAGUGAGCAAGUGUGUACACUGGCACAGGAAGGCGUUAUAGGUUUUAUAGACGGCACUGGAGGUCUGGCAACUGAGCACGUACAGGCGAUUUGCGAUGUGCUAGAACUACCUCUAAUAGUACUUCAACACAAUGACCUGUAUACUAAAAACUGGUCUUUAAUCAAUUUGUAUCCUAGUCCUAUUGCCUUUAAUAUGGUUGUCGAACAACUAGUAACAGUGAAGAACUGGAACAAUUUUACGAUACUAUACGAGAAAGGGCACAGUAUUAUAAAGGUGCAGGAUUUACUGAAGCUUGGCAAUCCUAUUGAACUAGAUUUAGUGGCAGUGCGGGAGCUAAGCGGCGACAACUACCGAAAAGUUCUAAUAAAUGCAAAACAUUCUGGAUAUACGAACUUUGUGGUGGAUUGCUCUUCCGAGAAAUUACAACUAGUGCUACGACAAGCACAGCAAGUGGGGUUGAUGGCAGACGAACAUUCAUACAUAUUUCUAUCACCCGAUCUAUUCUCUUUAGACUUGACUAGAUACCGAUAUGGAGGAGUUAAUAUGACAGGUUUCCGCCUAAUUAGUUUAAAGAACGAAAAGCUAUGGGACUUUACAGCGGAGUACAACGAAGAAACCGGUAACACUGAAUCUGUUAUUAAAACAAAGGCAAUGCUCAUCCAUGAUGCUGUAUGGAUAUUCGCUAAUGCGUGGGCGAAAGUGAACUACCUUCGUCAGAACGAAGUGCAACGUCACAUCGAAGCUGAGAGUUUGAAUUGUGAUUUAUAUGAUUCAUGGGUGUACGGGUCGACUUUGAUGGAUUUUAUGAAGACGGCUAAAGUAAAUGGGCUUACAGGGCCACUUAUAUUUGAUGGCUUUGGACAAAGAAACAACGUGAUAUUUGACAUAUUAGAGUUAACACCAGCAGGCAAUCAGACGAUAGCUACGUGGGAAAAUAAUCAAUUAAGGAUGAGUAGACCAUUGGUACCGAAUCCGGAAAUUGCAGAGGAAACAAUUAUGAGAAAUAAAACGUUUAAAGUUCUUAUUUCUACGACACCACCAUACGGAUACAUAAAGGAGUCAAUAAUGAAGCUUGAAGGGAACGAUCGCUAUGAAGGUUUCACCAUCGAUUUAAUCGAUAAAAUAGCAGACAUAUUAGGAUUUAACUAUGAAUUCGAAGUGGAAGGAGACUAUGGAAGUUUGGAUGAGGAUACUCAAAAAUGGAGUGGAAUGGUUCUGAAGCUCAUAGAAGAAAAAGCGGAAUUUGCAAUUUGUGACUUUACGAUGACAGCAGAACGGCAAAAAGGUAUAGAUUUCUCGAUUCCAUUCAUGUCUCUUGGAAUCGGAAUUCUGUACAAGGAGCCAAGUAAACAACCUCCAGAAAUGUUUUCGUUCAUGGCCGUCUUCUCAAAAGAGGUAUGGUACUACAUGGUGCUGGUGCAAUCAGCGCUAGGAGUAAUUAUGAUAUUCGUCGGGCGAAUUUCUCAGAAAGAGUGGCAGAACCCGGUACCGUGUGAGGAGCAGCCAGAGGAACUGAGCAAUCAGUUCAGCCUUGCCAACUCUGUGUGGCUUAUCAUUGGGUCUGUUAUGCAGCAGGGAUCGGAAAUUGCACCCAUUGCCUUGGCCCCGCGUAUAAUAACGAGUGCUUGGUGGUUCUUCACGAUGGUUAUUGUAGCGUCAUAUGUGGGGACUCUAGUAGCUUUCCUCACUGUAGAGAAGAACGUUCUUCCCUUCCAAACUGUUGAGGAGUUGUUUAAUCAUAAGUCCAUAGCUUAUGGUUGUAAGAAAAAAGGAUCUACUAAGGAUUUCUUUAAGGAGUCUACAAAUCCAAUCUAUUCAAAAAUGUUUCAAAAGAUGCACUCUAAGGGAUGGCUGGUCGUGGACAACGAUGUAGGAGUGGAACUAGUCGAAAAUUCAACGUAUGCAUUUUUCAUGGAAUCCACAUCAAUCGAAUACACGAAGGAGAGGCACUGUGACUUAUUACAAGUUGGAGGAUUACUUGAUUCGAAAAGCUAUGCAAUUGGUAUGAAAAAAGGAUCACCGUAUAGAUUUUACAUUAAUGACGCUUUAAUACAAUUAAAGGAAGCUGGAGAGAUACAGAAGCUAAAAGAUCUCUGGUGGAAAGAAAAGAGAGGCGGAGGCAGAUGUGGAGAGAAGCAAGAUGAGGCGCAAAAGCAACUAGGAAUGAAGAACAUGUUAGGAGCUUUUGUGGUGUUAGGGGUUGGUUGCUGUAUUGGCCUACUCAUAUCAAUUUUGGAUAUGCUUUGGGGUGUAUUCAAACGAACAGUCAAAUAUAACACCACAUUUAAAUACGAAUUGAUAGAAGAGUUAAAGUUCGCGCUCAAAUUCAGUGGAGACAUAAAACCUGUGAAGCGACCACCAAAAACAAAUGACAGUUCUGAAGCACUAGCAGAAGAGGGCAAGGAUGAAGUUAGGUCCCUAAAAUCUAUACGAUCUGGAAGGUCCACGGAUACAAGAAGAACUACUCACUCGCACAGCUCCAAACAUUCGUCUGGCGGGCUAAGUGUUGCGUUUGCAAGGCGACGCGAAUAUCUUUAG